UGUUACUGCAAAAACUGUACAAAACAACAUGUGUUGAUCAUAGAUAAAGGAAAAAGUAGAGCAGCGUUUAGCAGAGCGGCCUAAAUAUUUUCCCAAGAUAUUAAUCUUUUUCUCUUUCAGGCAAAAACUUUUGCACACAAACUCUUGCAAGCUUGAACUUGUCCACUUAGUGAUUUUUUCCACCUUGCUGUGCUAAAUUCUAUACUGUGCAACAUGCCAUGCAAACAUCCUAACUGAUGCAGACAGAAAUCCCAGACAAGAAUAAAUAUUUUACAGGGCGUCAAACCACAAAACCCUCUUAAAAUCAGGACGCCUGCAAUCUGCUGUAAACUACCUGAAAUUUAGAUUCACGUGAUCAGACCGACAGAAGCGCCUUCCCAUAAAGCCGAAGUCUUGUGAGGGGAACAUUUGAACCAUGGGGCUGUUGUGGAUACCUGUCCUGAGCUCUCUGAUGUUUGUCAAAGUCUCCUGGACUCGACCGUUUGAGGGGAAUCAACAACUUGAGCCUGAGGAUGUGGAGCUGGCUGAGAACUACCUGAGGAAAUUCUACAGCCUGCAGCAAACAGACAGAGAGGACGGCUUUCUAGUGAGGAGGAGGAGGAGUUCUGCUGCAGCCAUGGAGGACAAGAUCAGAGAAAUGCAAAACUUCUUUGGUCUCAGAGAGACUGGCAUCCUGGACUCCUCCACUCUGUGCGUGAUGAAGCUGCCCCGCUGUGGAGUUCCAGACGUGGAGAACUUCAGUUUUUACCCCUUCAAGCCAAAGUGGAAGAAUCACAACAUCACAUACAUGAUUGCCAAAUACACUCCGGACAUGAGCAGAGAGGAUGUGGAGAAAGCUUUCCACUCAGCCCUGAAAAUGUGGAGUGACGCAGCUCCACUCAGGUUCACACAGGUCACCAGUGGCAGCGCUGAUAUUGUCCUCACCUUUGCCCGAAAAACUCAUGGAGAUUUCUUUCCGUUCGACGGACCUCGAGGUGUGCUGGCUCACGCCUUCCAGCCCGGAGAGGGGAUGGGUGGAGAUGUGCACUUUGAUGAAGAUGAGACGUGGACGGCAGGAAACCAAGCUCCAUCCCUGGUUUUUCAGUGUACCAUGACACUACCUGGUUACAGCUUGUUUGCUGUUGCAGCUCAUGAGCUUGGCCACUCGCUGGGUUUGACUCACUCAAAAGACCGGGCCGCCAUCAUGUACCCCAACUACCGGCACCACAGCAGCAGCCAGCACACCCUGGCUAAAGAUGACAUGCUUGGGAUUCAAAUGCUCUAUGGAAAACCCAACAAAAAAGUGGAAACUCAGCCAACUGCAGCACAAAAGUGUGAUCCAGACUUUACAUUUGAUGCUGCAGCCGUGAUUGACAACUCUAUAGUUCUGUUUAAAAACAGGCACCUGUGGAUGAGAACAACAGAUGGCUCUUAUUGGAAUCAGCUGACAGAAGGCCACAUCCGGACGUAUUUACCUGGAAUAAACGAUCAUAUCGAUGCUGCGUACGACAUUCCUUCUAAAGGAGAGGCGUUCAUAUUCACUGGUCAAAAGUACUGGGUGGUUAAGAAACUGAAGUCAAGAAGCCAUGUUGGCUCUAUCCAGGAUUUUGGAUUCCCCUCUAGAGUCACGCACAUUGAUGCGGCCGUGCACAUCAGCGAACAUGGAAAAACCGUGUUCUUUACCGGAUCUUUUUAUUACAGAUACGAUGAGGUCAAGCGGCAGAUGGAUCAUGGGUACCCCAGACUCAUCCAGACAAACUGGCGUGGAGCUUCAAGACGAGUGGAUGCCGCUUUUAAGAUGCAAGGUAGCAUCUUUCUCCUGAGUGGGCCAAAAUCCUACCAAUACGACUUCAAACAGAAACGGGUGGUGAAAAUUAUUGCGGGAAACUCCUGGCUGGGAUGUUGACUUUCUAAAAUCCCAUUAUAGUUAUGGUUGUGAACUAACAGUGAACAUUAUGAGUAUAUCUUUGAGCUGCUAAUUAUCUGAGCAACUUUGAUUGAAUACAUGUAAAGUGUAUCUUAUCUAAUUGUUUGUGUAAUUUCUGUUUUUGUGUCAGAAUUAUUUCAUGUUUUUUUUUUUCUUUAAAGAAUGUUUUUCUUAAACAUUGUGUUUUAAAGUUGGCGUUUCCAAUAAAUGAAAAAAGCUCUCUCUUCAGAAGAAUGAAAUUCAAAAGCUACAUGGAGUGCAGGAAAACCGAGAGGGGAAAGUUUUAUUUUUUUAAUCAUGACUCUGUUGAACUGUGAAGAGGGUUAAAUACCUUUUGUAAAUGUAGCCCUGCUACUCCAGCAAACCACAAGUAGCAAUGGAUGGAACUGUUUUGUUCUAACACUUCUAUCUGUGUUUUCUUUCAUUCUAUAAAGUUUCUGACAUUAUCUGAGCAAUGUGUUUGGAAAUUUCUGAUCGUCCAAAUCAUUUUCCUUCAGUCUGCUUCUGAAAUAUUCAUCAAAUUUUCCACACUCUUAAAAACUUUGGUUUUAGGAUAGAAGACAAAAAAAAUAACAAAUAAUUAAAUUAACUUACUACCAAAAAACAAAACAAACAAA